UUGCGGGGUCUUUGCAGUACUUACAGAAUCGGGUCAAUAUGGUCAACCUUCGUACCUUUACCUCUCUUACUUAUUUAGCCCAAGUGGCUUUUCUGGGAGGCAAUGCGCAAACCAAUAGUUCCCAGCUUAAGGACAUUGUUCCAAAGCGCGAAGUCUUCUACGUUGGCGGACACUACACGAACAUGACGGACAAGGCAACCAAUUCCACAUCAGUGGCCAUGGUAGGGCAAAUUUACGUCGAGAAGCUUUCGCCUAACCCAUGCCCGGAAAACCCGCCGCUCCCAAUUAUCUUCAUUGCGGGCGCGGCUCAGAGCGGUACCAAUUUCCUGGAUACUCCAGACGGACGGCCAGGAUGGGCAUCCUAUUUCAUCUCCAAAGGUCACACAGUCUAUCUCUCAGACCAGCCUGCACGUGGCCGCUCAUUCUGGUUUCCUGGACAGGGAAACAUCGGGUACAUUGGCUCCCCCAAUUCUGUCUCUGAUAUCUUCACCAACGUGGCAAACAACGGCAAUCAAUGGCCCCAAGCGAAGCUCCACACGCAAUGGCCCGGCACCGGUCGCAUUGGCGACCCAACUUUCGACGCCUUCUACAGGAGCCAGCUGCAGCUCCAGACGGAUCGCUUCAUAGGUGAAGAGCAAAAUGCGCAGGCAUACUCAGCUCUAGUAGACGUCGUAGGCGAGUGUUAUAUCAUCAGUCACUCGCAGGCGGGAGCAUACGGUUGGAGGGUCGGAGAUAUGCGGUCAGACCUUGUCAAGGGUAUCGUUCAGCUCGAGCCGUCUGGCCCACCAUUCACGCUCCGCCCGCCGUUCGGAACUGACCCAGCCUGGGCUUUCGGCCUUACUGACCUUGCAAUCGGAUAUGAACCGUCUGCAGGCAAGAACGCCGAAAACAUGCAGACAGUUAUCGAGCCAGCCAUCGACGCCGAUCACAACUACUGCAUCAUGCAGAAGUCCCCGGCGAAGCAGUUGACGAACCUGGGCAAAAUCCCAGAACUUGUGGUUACUGGCGAAGCAUCGUACCAUGCGCAAUACGAUUACUGCACCGUCAAGUAUCUGAAGCAAGCCGGCGUAGACGUCGAGUUUGCGGAUCUAGGCGCGGAGGGUAUUCAUGGCAACGGACAUAUGUUCUUUAUGGAGAAAAACAAUCUUGAGAUUGCAGAUCGGGUGUACCAGUGGCUGGAAAGGCACUGAUCGACGCAUAAUAUGUAGCGUUUCAAUGGCCUCAUGCAUUGAUCCAUCAUGUCUGCAGCUUUAAUCUACGCCAUUGACCG